AUGUCAUACACCGGCUCUACUUUCCCAGCCAGCUCAGCAACUCCACCCGUCAGCAAUACCGAUGCAGUUCCUACGUCCAUAGGUACCACCUUGUCAGGGCCAAGCUCUGGUAACCCAGCCACUCCUUCAACACCAGGCUACGUACCGUCCGGCUCAUCCGCGCCACCGAGCAGCAAUACGGAUUAUGUGCCCACGUCUCCGGGAGCCGCCUCCACCGGCUCAAUGUCGAGUGGCUAUGUCGUGCCGCCAGCUAGCUCAGCUGGUUUCAUCGCCCGCAAGUCCAUACCCAAGUGGACCAACAGUGUCAUCGAGCUACUCGGCUACCCCAUCUCGCCCUGCUGGACCGUCUUCCAGUGGAUACCUCGUGCCAUCAGCGUCCCUUCAGGUGUCUCUGGUGGUCCCUCCGGAUCUGGUUAUCCCUACCCAUCUGGCGGCAUCAACGGCACGAUUGUUGCCCCCUACCCCAGCUACAUCGAAGUGCCCAUCAACACCGGCCAUGUCGUCGGUGCCGGAAAGAGUUCCCUCGCGGCUAUUGUCGUCGCCCUCGUCUUCGCUCACUUUGCAUAA